GCGUCCCGGUAAUCCGAUCGUAAUUUUAAAUUUCAGUAUCACGCGAGAUGAGCAUGACCUCGCGGAGGCGGUAUAGACCUUAAUGCCCCUGUUGUAGAGCGCCGAGGACAAUAUAUCAAAAGACGAACACGACCAGGAUUGGAGUACAAGUGUAAUGGCAGAAGGAGGUCCUCAGCUCACACCUCCGGACAAUCCGUCUGGGAACUCACAUCUUCUCGACUGUCCCAUUUGUCUGGAACAGUUACGGCAGCCGAAGUGUCUACCAUGUCACCAUUCCCUUUGUCAGGAAUGCUUGACCAGUUACAUCAUCAGCGAGGUGUCGGGGACGAGUGAUACGGCGGUGUCCUUCACCUGUCCGGUAUGUAGGAAACUAACCCACCCUUUGGACAAAUCAGAAGACAAGGAGAACUGGGCCAAGCAGUUUCCGACCGACUUUGAUGUCAUGGAGAUGAUAGAGUUGAAAAACAGGUCAUCGGAACCACAUUACUGUAUGCCGUGCCAGAGGAAAGGGAACAUGAUGACGUCAGCAAAGUUCUGGUGUAAAACAAACCAGUCUUUAUUCUGUGAGUCAUGUAAGGUGGAUUUCCACGAUAUGAUUCACAUCAACUGUGAUGUUGUAGAUAUAACAGAGACGAAGAGUUUCCUUCUGAACCAGUCAACAUCAGACAAGAUUUGUAACAAACACAAGGAAAAGAUGGAUUACUACUGUGAGGACCACAAAUCCAUCGGCUGUUGUAAAUGUAUAACAGUUGGCCACAGGAAAUGUGACGCUGUGGCCACGACAGAAGAAUACUGUGAGAAACUGACCAGUGGUCACUGGCUAGAGGAGAUGAGGAAAUCACUACAAAAAGGGGAAAAGGAAAUGGAGUCACUGGUAAAGGACUUCCACCUACAACUCCAAAGUAUUGCAGACGGCAAAGACACAGCAAUGACAAACAUUGACGACCUACAGGAACAGAUCAUUAAUCGUAUAGAAGAGAUGAAAAAGGAAAUAACAGAUGACUUGAUAGCUAAGUAUAAAGAGGAGAGAGAAAACCUGAAGGUGUCCAGUCAGAAGUGUGAACGACUUAAGGUCGCUAUACAGAAUACGUUAGAGUCGUCCAUAUCAGCCCAACAGAGGAAUGACCACAUGGACAUGAUCCUGUUGUACCAACGAGGUCAGGCGGAGGUCGAGUCGUGUAGGGAUUUAGUGAGAGAGGUGCAGACAUCACUUUCAUCCAUCAGUAUAGAGCAUGAGGCUAAUCUCCACAUGACAAGCCAAAGGCCAGCUUUGAGUUUUGGGAAAAUCAUUGUCCGAAAACAGCUACAACAUAUUCCAGGUGAUACAAAUGCUUUCGCUAAACCUUUAUCUGAACGUGAUGUCAAGGAGUUAAAAAAGAUUUACAUUAAAUGUCCAUCUGAUAUGUACGAUUGUUCUUCCCGUGGAGUUGUUUACCUACCAGAUGGACGAAUUGUGGUGGGAGAUGACAGAAACAAAAAUAUCAAGUUAAUCGACACAGAAGGAAAUGUUGUGGACGAGUUGAAGGUGAACGGAAGUCCGAUGGACAUGUGUAUGGUUGACAACACCACCGUGGCGGUCGCUAUGUACAGCGAUCCCGGACGUAUCUGUUUAGUAACAGUCGCACCCUCUAAACUUAUUCUGGCAUCUGAAAUAAACAUCGACAAACCAUGUUACGGUAUAGCGUACAGAAAUGGCGAAUUCGUCGUCAGUUCAGAAAAGAAAGUGUUCACUGUGACUAAGGACAGUCCACGAGCGAUGACACGCCAGAUACAUGAAAGUUCUGAUACAGUAUUCGCGUUGUCAUAUGAUUUAAAUAAUGGAAAACUCUUUACCACUCACUACACAAAUCGCACUGGCAGUGUGGUUGUUGGUAGACUGUCCUCAGACAACACAUACUCCAGUGUGUUGAAUGUUGGUGUUGUGGAGAACAGCUUAUGGAGUGGACGUGGACAGGGAAGGUAACGUGUAUGUCUGUGGCUACGGUUCCAACAACGUAAUACAGAUGUCCGGGGAUGGAACAAACGUCCGGGAACUAUUAACGACAAAGGACGGUAUCGCUAAGCCUGAAGCCAUAUCUGUAUGUGGAGACAAACUUGUACUGACUAAUUUUCUUCUACACAAUGUAACUAUAUCACAGUGUAUCAACUUGUUUGACUCGUUUUAAAAUACAUUGACUCAACAUCUAGUAUCUCAUUCGAUUGAUAUCUGCCAAUUUGGAAUUUUGAUUAUUUCAUUUAUUGUAUCAGAUAUGAGCAAGUUGAACAGAUAAAAACAUAUACAAAUACAUGUAUUACGUUUUAUCCUGAUAAGCCGAAGAAGAAAUCUUUGUUACUGCUAGAUUAUUACACACCUGAACGAGAUUGUUCUUGCCCGUCUUAGGAUGGGCCAUACAUAUAGAACGCAUUCUUACUUAUAUAAGCGUGAGGACCAGCCUCAGUGCUCACAUAUUAACAGAUGCAAAAUGUUGAACUAUCUAAAAGCUGACGGCCAUUGUCUGUAUUACAAGAUUUCAGUAACAUAGCAACUAUUUCAUUUUCAAUAGGAGUGUACCAAUACAUAUUUGCAUUUUUACAUGUUUCGUUUGGUUGAAGUUGUUUCGUCCUUUCCCCAGUGUAUUUAUAAUUUUCUCACAAUUUUUUGCCCUAAUGACCUUCAUAGAGUUAAUGGGCUAUUAACAACUAACACACCAGAAAUGCGUGUGGUUUUGGACACGUAAAAGUGUAUGUGAUACUUUGUAUUUCAGAUUAGGUUCAUUCACAAUUAAAGGUCAAUUUUACGUUA